AUGAAGCCGCUGCGGGCGUUCCCGUUCCCGCUCAACGUCGGCACCGACAUUUGCCAAAUCUCGCGCAUCUACACCAUCCUCCGCGGCCCGCGCCGGGCGCGCUUCGUGAACCGCAUCCUCGCGCCCGAGGAGCUCGCGCAAAGGGACCCGCGGCUGGCCUUUUUGGCAGGCGUGGGCACCACGAAGUCGUCGUCGCAGACGAGCGCGCGCGAGGCCGUCAAGCAUGACGCCGAGGUAGCGCUGCGGGAGACGCCGCUGUGGAAGUCGGCGGCGUUUCUGGCCGGCAGGUGUGACGCGCAGGUUCGCGGCCAAGGAGGCGGCCAUCAAGGCGCACUCGCACCGGCGGCUGACCUUUCACGACGUCAUCAUCGAGCGACGAGCAGGCGGCGGCGAGGGGCGGCUAGGGAGCGGACCGCCGGUUGCGCGGAUACGGGCGCCGCACAAGAAGACGGGGGACGAGGCCGGAGCCGGAGAGGAGGAGGGGGAGAGGGAGGAUAUGAGCGCCAUGAUCUCUAUAAGCCAUGA